AUGUUUGGAAGUAAUACGAACGAAACUUCUAAAAACGACCAAAUGGACGACAAAUUAAUAGAAGGGCAAAAAAUUAUGAACAAUUUAACCCUUGAUAAACAAGUAACAGAGGAGGAAUUUCAAAACUUCAUGCAUCGCGUUAGCGAAGUUGAAAAAAUUGUGAAAAAAUUGGCAUCGUCUAACGUCGAGGAACAAAAACACGGUGAAAUGUUGGCAGACGAAAUUUUAAAAAAAAAAACUGAAACGAUGAUUUCCGAAGAUUGCGAAUUAAAAAUAAAAAUCAAUCGCACAGUGAUUAACAAGUAUCCCACAGAUGGAAUGAACAGUAACGAGCAAAUGUCGCAAGAGAUUUUUAUGAGAAGCAUAGAGAAAGAUGCAAAAGAAAGGGCGGACAAUCGGAAAAUCAGAAACGAACGAGCAGAGACACUGAAAAGGAUUGGAAAUGGAGCAUUUAAGGAAGGAAAUUACGAAAAAGCUGUAACUUAUUAUAACAAAGCAUUAGAACAACGAAAGGACUCGUCUAUAUUAUGGAACAACAGAGCUUUGUCGUAUAUUCAUCUCGGAUUAUUCGAAAAAGCAUUAGCAGACUGUGAAUGGGCAUUAAAAGUAAACAAUUCAAACAUCAAAGCCCUUCUGAACAGUGCUAAAUGUCACAAGCAUCUUGGAAACGAAAUGAAAUGUAGAGAAUGUAUUCGAUUAGCAAGAGAAAGAAAUGGACACUUGAACAAAUUUAUUGAUGAAUUUGAAACAAAUAUGGACACAUGGACAUAGACUACCAGAUCCGAUCCGAUAUAAAAUAAUUUCUGUGCAUCCUAUAAUACAUUUAACAAUAAAUAAUAGAAAUAUUUCUCAUGUCCUGUGUAUA